CUAUUUUCUACCCGGAAUGAGAGCUCCUUUCCAGUGCUUCAGGGAAACGGGUCCUUUUACUUGUACUUCCACCACUCAUGCAUGCUCUGUGAACAGCUGAUGAGGUGACUGAGAAAUAACUGAAAGAAACGAUUGAUAUCAACUAAAAUCUCCUAACUGAAUCAUUAAAGCCAUGACUAAAGAUGGAGUCCAGGGGGCAGCGGAGGAGACUGACCAGGCCCAGUCGAAGAAAGGCUUGAAGAAACAGCAGAAGGAAGCAGAGAAAGCGGCUAAGAAGGCUGAGAAGCAGGCCAAGCUGGCUGCUGACCAACAAACCACAGAUGAAGAUGACUUUGCUAAGGAUCGGUACGGCGUGUCUCCCAUGGUCCAGUCCAGUCAGAGACUGGACAGGGUGUUGGUACGUGUCCAGGAACUGACACUGGAGAAGUCUGACCAGCUGAUCUGGGUUCGUGCCAGAAUUCACACCAGCAGAGCUAAAGGGAAGCAGUGCUUCUUGGUCCUUCGUCAGCAGCAGUUCAACGUUCAGGCCCUAGUUGCUGUGGGGGAGCGUGCUAGCAAGCAGAUGGUCAAGUUUGCCGCCAACAUCAACAAGGAGAGCAUCGUGGACGUGGAGGCAGUGGUGAGGAAGGUGGAGCAGAAGAUCGAGAGCUGCUCUCAGCAGGAUGUGGAGCUUCAUGUUGAAAGGAUAUUUGUGAUCAGCCAGGCUGAGCCCCGUCUGCCCCUUCAACUGGAGGACUGCGUGAGGCCAGAAGGAGAGGGGGAUGAGGAUGGGAGAGCAACAGUGAACCAGGACACCAGACUGGACAACCGAGUCAUUGACCUCAGGACAACCACCAGCCAGGCCAUCUUCCGCCUGCAGUCUGGAGUGUGCCAGCUCUUUAGAGACACUCUGAUGAACAAGGGCUUUGUUGAAAUUCAGACCCCGAAAAUCAUAUCAGCUGCCAGUGAGGGCGGUGCCAACGUCUUCACCGUGUCUUACUUCAAAACCAGUGCCUACCUGGCCCAGUCUCCCCAGCUCUACAAGCAGAUGUGCAUCUGCGCUGACUUUGACAAGGUGUUCUGUGUGGGACCCGUGUUCAGAGCAGAAGACUCCAACACCCAUCGUCAUCUGACCGAGUUUGUGGGUCUGGAUAUUGAGUUGGCUUUCAACUACCACUACCAUGAAGUGAUCGAGUCAAUCACUGACACCAUGGUCCAGAUCUUCAAAGGGCUCCGAGACAAGUUCCAGACAGAGAUCCAGACAGUGGGGAAACAGUUCCCCAGCGAGCCCUUCAAGUUCCUGGAGCCCACUCUGAGGCUGGAGUACCAAGAGGGAGUGGCAAUGCUCCGGGAGGCCGGGGUGGAGAUGGGUGAUGAGGAGGACCUCAGCACACCCAAUGAGAAGCUGCUAGGGCGUCUGGUGAAAGAAAAGUAUGACACUGACUUCUAUGUGCUGGACAAGUACCCACUGGCAGUGAGGCCAUUCUACACCAUGCCUGACCCCACUGACAAUAAAUACUCCAACUCCUACGACAUGUUCAUGCGAGGAGAGGAGAUUCUCUCCGGAGCUCAGAGGAUCCACGACGCCCAGCUGCUCACUGAGAGGGCCAUUCACCACAACAUUGAUCUGGAGAAAAUCAAGGCCUACAUCGAUUCCUUCCGUUUCGGGGCCCCUCCACACGGGGGUGGUGGUAUUGGACUGGAGAGAGUCUGCAUGCUCUACCUUGGUCUCCACAACGUCCGUCAGACCUCCAUGUUUCCCCGCGACCCGAAACGCCUGACACCCUGAACACCUAUUGAGUACCACUGUACAAGGAUGCCAGACAUGGGAAACUAAUCUCCAAUAUACCUACACAGAUUUGAGAACUUAGUGCCACGACACUGAAGUGCCACUGUGAUUAACAAAACAAUAGAGAAUCAAGCCAGGGUACCACUGUCUAUCGUAUUCAGUUAUAAAGAAUCACACAAGAAGGAAAAGAUUCAUAAUAGAAGGGAGCAAUAUUUACUUUACAGAAUAUGAUUUGGGUAUGCAUUCACUUGAGCUUAGCUUGGGUGCCUGUCAGUUUCAACUGUGCUGCCAGGUUGGUACUGGCCUGUUUGGCUUCAGUGACAAUGUAGGCAAAAGUACAAACCAGCAAAUGUACCAGGCUACCCUAGGCUCAGUGAUAGAAUAAUCUGUUUUACAUUUUCUAUGGAGUUGAUCAACUUUGAUAAGUCUUUGUCACACUACAGAGAUUUUACUAAUAAAUACGUCUGGUCUGGUGACUUAAGUUUUAAUUGUUGCAUAUUUUUAUGAGUAAUUGGAUGACAAAAAUAAAGUACUUCAAAAGCACA